GUAUAAAUCCGUUGCGAUAGAAUGAAACAAGAUCUUUUGGCCUGUUCCUCCUUGAACGUGUAUAUUUUAGAAACCUUAAGCCAUGGCCCGCAUCAAGUCCAUUGAAUAUUUCCGAGUCAAGCCUCGCUGGUUGUUCGUCAAGAUCACCGAUGAUGAAGGCCAGUUCGGCUGGGGUGAAGCGACACUCGAAGGCCAUACCCUAGCAGUGGAGGGGGCCCUGGACGAGAUUAUCUCUCGGGUGAUUGGGUAUGAAGCAGACGACAUCGAACACAUCUGGCAAACCAUCUGGCGACUAGGAUUCUAUCGGGGUGGACCCGUAUUCAUGUCCGCCUUGUCCGGCAUUGACAUCGCCCUGUGGGAUCUGAAAGGCCGUCGACUGGGCGUGCCUGUGUACCAACUGCUGGGCGGCAAAGUACGCAACAAGAUCCAGGUCUACGCGUGGAUCGGAGGCGACAGACCCAAUGACGUGGAGAUAGCUGCAAAGGCACGUAUCGAGCAAGGACUCAAAUGCGUCAAAAUGAACGCCACGGAAGACGUCAACUGGCUAGACUCGCCGGCGAUUCUAGACUCGUGCAUCGAGCGCAUCAAGCAGGUCAAAGCUCUGGGACUGGACGUAGGCCUCGAUUUUCACGGCCGUUUGCACCGUCCCAUGGCCAAGCAGCUCGCCAAAGCCCUCGAGCCCUACCGUCCCUUGUUCAUUGAAGAGCCCCUGCUGGUGGAGCAUCCGGAGGCGAUCAAGCAGCUCUCCCAGCAGACCAGCAUCCCGAUUGCUCUUGGCGAACGCUUGUACACGCGGUGGGAUGCCAAGCGGUUCUUGGAGGAUGCAUCAAUCGAUAUCCUCCAGCCGGAUAUUGCGCAUGCGGGCGGCAUUUCGGAGACGAAGCGGAUCGCCACGAUGGCGGAGACUUAUGAUGUGGCGAUUGCCCCGCAUUGUCCUUUAGGCCCAAUUGCCCUGGCAGCGUCAAUGCAGGUGGCCACCUCCACCCCUAAUUUCGUAAUCCAGGAAAUGUCGCUGGGGAUGCAUUACAAUGUUGAAGCGGGAGAUAUUGAUCUGACUAGCUAUCUGGUAGACGCGUCGGUGUUUGAUAUUGCGGAUGGGUACGUGACGGUGCCCAAAGGAGCAGGACUUGGGAUUGAGAUUAAUGAGGAGCUGGUACGGAAGAUCAGUGGGGAAAGCGAGCCAUGGCUGCCAAAGGAGUUCUAUGGACCUGAUGGAGGCAUUCGUGAGUGGUAGCGAGAGAGAGAGAAAGAGAGAGAGAAAGAGAGAGAAAAAGAGAGAGAGAGAGAGAGAGAGAGAGAGACGGAGACUGUGGGGUGGAGGACAGAAGCAGAGUAGAGG